GGUAAACCUGUCACCCAUCACGACCCAUUUUCCAAUUGCAACAAAUCCAUGACCAAACCGUCUAUAAUCCUCACUGGGAGCUUCUCGUCUCCUCCACCAUGAUCUAGCUCUUUUCGCUUUUCACAGGUCUAAGUAUAUAUCUCUCUUUCCUCUUCGAUGCUGCCCGACUUGAUCCAUUCAAAAACCACACUCAUCAUUACAGUAACAGUCCUAAUCACAGCAAUAAGAGCAGUCUACAUGCUCAGCAGCAACAAUACCAACACAGCCACAGAACAAUCUAUGAAAACAACAAACACCUUGAAAGCUGCCAUGUCCACUCUAUCGCAUACCAAAAUCGUCCCUCGACCCUCAAAGACAAGAGGAGGUGCCGACCACGGUUGGCUCAAGACAAAACACACUUUCUCCUUUGCGGGAUGGUAUGAUCCGAGAUACACGCAGUUUGGAUCUCUCCGCGUCCUCAACGAAGAUCGCGUCGAACCAGGAGAAGGAUUCCCAACACACUUCCAUCAGAAUGCCGAAAUCUUCAGCUAUGUCCUGUCUGGAGAAUUGACACAUCGUGACUCGAUGCUAAAGAAGGGCGCCGAAAGCACCGACAAAGACAAAUUCUUCCGGUUACAGCGUGGUGAUGUCCAAUUCACAACUGGAGGCAGGGGCAUUUCGCACAGCGAGUUCAACGAAGAUAGCCAAGGGAAGAAGGAGUGGACACACUUCCUUCAAAUAUGGGCUUUACCUUGGAAGAGAAACCUGCCGCCCGCAUAUCACACCAAUACCUUCAAGGAGGAAGACAAGCGCAAAGGCUUUGUGACCAUCAUUACUCCAUUGAAGGCGGGACCUGAUGCUACAUUGGAAGAGGAGAAGGCUGCAGUCCCUGCCCGGGAGGGCACCAUCCCUAUCCAUGCCGACAUUGUAUUUUCAGCAGGCAUCAUACCCCCAGGCAGUGCUUUCACCUAUAUGGUCGGUGGCGGGGAUGCUGUCAGCUCCAAGUCGGAUAGAAAAGUGUACAUCCAUUUCCCUGAAACGAAGGGCGGGCAGGCCAAGAUCAGAUUGGACGGACGAGAAGUAUUGAAUGAGGGGGAUGGUGCAUAUGUGACUCACAUCAAUGCCAAUGAUAUGCUCAAGGUGGAGAGCAUAGGAGAGGCAGAAGCGGAGGUGGUGAUUAUUGAUUCAGAGUAAAUGUGACUCUGCCUUUAGAUGGCGAUAUUGUAUCAGCACUGGCAGUUUGAUCAAUGUAUAUGGACUUCCACUAUCAUACAUGCAACGAAAUAUCCUUUUACUUGUAAACAUCUG